GUGCCUGGGACGCGGUGGAUCUGCGGCGGCUACAGUGGGAGAGGGACGUUCCCGGAAAGUUGCCGGCCGGAGAAAGCCUUCUCCACCUGACAGGUCACAACCAUGUCGGACAAAAGUGAAUUAAAAGCUGAGUUGGAACGUAAGAAGCAGCGGUUAGCCCAAAUCAGAGAAGAAAAGAAGAGAAAAGAAGAGGAAAGGAAAAAAAAGGAAACUGAUCAGAAGAAGGAAGCUGCUAUUUCUGUGCAGGAAGAAUCUGAUCUUGAAAAAAAAAGAAGAGAAGCCGAAGCGUUGCUUCAAAGCAUGGGGCUAACUACAGAUUCCCCUAUCGUCCCUCCUCCCAUGUCCCCAUCCUCCAAGUCGGUGAGCACGCCAAGUGAAGCUGGAAGCCAAGAUUCCGGGGAUGGCGCCGUAGGAUCCAGGACGCUGCACUGGGAUACAGAUCCAUCAGUUCUUCAGCUUCACUCAGAUUCCGACUUGGGGCGAGGCCCUAUUAAACUUGGGAUGGCCAAAGUGACUCAAGUUGACUUUCCACCACGGGAAAUCGUGACGUAUACGAAGGAAACGCAGACCCCAGCUGCAGCUCAGCCCAAAGAAGAUGAGGAGGAGGAAGAUGAUGUAACAACCCCUAAACCUCCUGUUGAGCCUGAAGAAGAGAAAACUUUAAAAAAAGACGAAGAGAGUGAUAGCAAAGCUCCCCCUCAUGAACUAACUGAAGAAGAAAAGCAACAAAUUUUACACUCAGAGGAAUUUUUAAGUUUCUUUGACCAUUCUACAAGAAUUGUAGAAAGAGCCCUUUCUGAGCAGAUUAACAUCUUCUUUGACUACAGCGGGAGAGACUUGGAAGACAAAGAAGGGGAAAUUCAAGCAGGUGCUAAGCUAUCAUUAAAUCGACAAUUUUUUGAUGAGCGUUGGUCAAAGCAUCGAGUUGUUAGUUGUUUGGAUUGGUCAUCUCAGUAUCCAGAGUUACUUGUGGCUUCCUAUAAUAACAAUGAAGAAGCUCCUCAUGAGCCUGAUGGUGUGGCCCUCGUGUGGAAUAUGAAGUACAAAAAGACUACCCCAGAGUAUGUGUUCCAUUGCCAGUCAGCUGUAAUGUCUGCUACAUUCGCAAAAUUUCAUCCCAACCUUGUUGUUGGGGGUACAUAUUCCGGCCAAAUUGUGCUUUGGGAUAACCGUAGCAACAAAAGGACUCCCGUGCAGAGAACUCCCCUGUCAGCCGCUGCACACACACACCCUGUCUACUGUGUAAAUGUUGUUGGAACACAGAAUGCUCACAAUCUGAUUAGCAUCUCUACUGACGGGAAGAUUUGUUCCUGGAGUUUGGACAUGCUUUCCCAUCCACAGGACAGCAUGGAGUUGGUUCAUAAGCAGUCAAAGGCUGUAGCUGUCACGUCUAUGUCCUUCCCCGUUGGAGACGUCAACAACUUUGUUGUGGGCAGUGAGGAAGGUUCUGUGUACACAGCUUGCCGCCAUGGCAGCAAAGCUGGAAUCAGUGAGAUGUUUGAGGGACAUCAGGGACCCAUCACCGGAAUCCACUGUCACGCGGCUGUUGGAGCAGUAGACUUCUCACAUCUCUUUGUCACCUCAUCAUUUGACUGGACAGUAAAACUUUGGACAACUAAGAACAACAAGCCUUUGUACUCAUUUGAAGAUAAUUCAGACUAUGUUUACGAUGUUAUGUGGUCACCCACCCACCCAGCCCUGUUUGCCUGUGUGGAUGGCAUGGGGAGACUGGAUCUGUGGGAUCUCAACAACGACACAGAGGUACCAACUGCCAGCAUUUCUGUGGAGGGCAACCCCGCUCUUAACCGUGUGAGAUGGACCCACUCAGGAAGAGAGAUCGCCGUGGGUGAUUCUGAAGGACAGAUUGUCAUAUAUGAUGUGGGAGAGCAGAUCGCUGUUCCCCGAAGUGAUGAAUGGGCAAGAUUUGGCCGAACACUCGCAGAAAUUAAUGCAAACCGAGCUGACGCAGAAGAGGAGGCAGCGACCCGAAUCCCUGCCUAGCCUGAGAAGUGGGCUGCAGCCUUAGCAAACUGGGCAAAAAUGAUUAAGUAGACCCUCAGCUAUUUGCAUGCUUCUGAUUAAAUGAUAUGAAAAGGAAAUUCCGAGAGGAAACUGGGUUCAAUGCAGGAAGCAAAGCUUACAGUGCCCUUUUUAUAUUCUUUUUGGUUUGGAUUGGUGUCAUUUUUAAUAUAGCUGACAACUUUACAAAAUGGAGCCUUUUCUGCAUCCAGAGACAUAGAUGUGUAUAUUCUUUUGGAUUCUCUUCAACUUGUAAUACUAUAUAUAGUUAUUUCUAAAGCACAGACUAAAUAAGUUCUGCAUAUUUCUAAAAAAAAACACAAUUUAAUAUGCAAUACAGUACAUAAUUCCUGUCAAUUAUCUUCUCAGUGCCCUAACUGUGUGGGAACAUUGUUCUUAGUCCCGGCAUGCAUUCGCCUACCUGUUUUAAGUGUUGUUCUGAUGCCAUUUUCCUUCUCUGUGGUUCUAUAAUAGUUAUCUAUAAAUAAAAACAAAUAUGUGCUAACUUCUCAAA